AGAAAAUAGAACAAGAAAUGGGGGAUCUCACUGAAAAGAAAAGGAAGGGCCGAAAUUUCCACCAAUUGCAUUUGGAACCAAAAGCAAAAGGAGAGAGAGAAAGAAAGGAAUUUGGAACCCAAUUCCCACUCAACUGAGAAACCACCAAAAUUUUGAGAUUUCCCUGAGCAGAAUUUUGUUGGUUCAUCCAUGGCUCUGUUCCGAGGUCACCACAAGGCCUCGCCUUCCAGAUAUACUACUUCUUCUUCUGGAUUUGCUUAUGACGUGUUCCUCAGCUUCAGAGGUGAAGACACCCGAAAGAACUUCACUGAUCACCUCCACACGGCCCUUCUCAACGCCCGAUUUCGAACUUUUCGGGAUGACCCUGAACUCAAAAGAGGUGAAAAUAUCAAGGAGGAGCUUGAGAAAGCCAUUCAACAGUCACGAAGCUCUGUGAUUGUGUUUUCGAAAGACUACACCUCUUCCAGAUGGUGUCUGGACGAGCUUGUCAUCAUCCUUCAACGCAAGAGGACCUCCGAUCAUGUCGUGUUACCGGUCUUCUACCACGUUGAUCCAUCCCAUCUGAGGAACCAGACUGGAAGUGUUGCACAAGCAUUUACUGAACACCAGAAAACUCAAUCCCCUGAGAAGUUGAAUGGAUGGCGGGCAGCGCUUAAAGAAGUUGCAGAUCUAGCAGGCAUGGUUUUAGAAAAUGAAGCUGACGGGCACGAGUCAAAGUUCAUCCAAAAGAUUGUUAGAGAGAUUCAAGACAAGCUAGGUCGUGUGCCCCUGACCCAUGUCCAGGAGGUGUUACAGAAGAAGUUGUCGUUUAUUAACCCUGUUCUCAACGACGCGGAGGGGAAGCAACUGAACAACCCAACUGUGAAGGCAUGGCUCAAUGAGCUUACAGAAGCUGUCUAUGAUGCUGAGGACCUGUUGCAGGAGAUCAAAACAGAAGCGCUGAGGCAAAAGAUAGAACGCGAAUAUGGGAGUAGCACGAGUAAGGAACAAGAGCAUAGCUCUACUCCUCCAUCUCAUGCUUUUGACUCAGCUUUAAUAUACCCCAAGGUAGAGGAAGUUCUUGAAAGACUAGACUUCAUUAUGGAGCAGAGAAGAGAUGUCUGGGAUAUGGAAGCAAGUGCUGGAUACAGGGUAUCACAAACAAUACCGUCAACUUCUUUGGUAGAAGACUCUGUGUAUGGAAGAGAUGAGGAGAAAGAAGGAUUCAUUAAAUUAUUGCUAUCAGAUGAUGAGACUGGCAAUAAAAUAGGUGUGCUUCCUAUCGUGGGUAUGGGUGGAAUCGGAAAAACCACCCUCGCCCAGUUUCUAUACAACGAUGUUAGAGUCAAGCAACAUUUUCACAUCCAAGCAUGGGUUUGCGUUUCAAAAGAAUUUGAUAUCCUUAGGAUCUCGCAAAGCAUUUAUGAGUCCCUCACCUUAGAAGCUUGCAUAAUCAAGAACCUAGAUCUGCUUCAAUCAAAGUUGCAGGACAUUUUGUUGGGGAAAAGAUUCUUCUUUGUUCUUGAUGACAUCUGGAACAAGAAUUAUAGCCAGUUGGAAUUCUUAACACGUCUCUUUCAGUCUGGAGCACAUGGAAGCAAGAUCAUUGUCACAACACGCGAUGAAGAUGUUGCACGUAAGAUGAGUAGGCUUGAAGCUCACCAUCUCAUGCCAAUGUCUGAGCAAGAUAGCUGGUCGUUAUUUGAAAAACAUGCCUUCAAAAAUGCAGAUGUUGGUGCACGCUCACGUCUUGAAGAAAUCGGUAGACAAAUUGUUCAAAAGUGCAACGGUCUUCCCUUGGCUAUUAAGUCACUUGGGGGUCUCUUAUGUUCUAAACUAUCUCCUGAGGAAUGGGAAAGCAUAUUGGAUAGUGACAUCUGGGAAUUGACGCAGGAGGAGAGUGAUGACAUUCUACCAUCUCUUUGGUUGAGCUAUUUGGAUUUGCCUCUACAUCUCAAGCGUUGUUUUAGCUACUGUUCGAUAUUUCCCAAGAAUUAUCGACUUAAAAAAUCAGAACUGCUUUUAUUGUGGAAUGCCCAAGGUUUCUUGCAACCCCAAAAGAAGAAAUUGGUAGAACAAGUUGGGGAAGAGUACUUCAAUGAUCUAAUCUCAAGGUCAUUUUUCCAACGUUCAUCAAGUUCCGAACACUUCAUCAUGCAUGACCUUAUCAAGGAUUUAGCAAAUUUUGUAUCUGGAGAAUUUUCUGUUAGGUGGGAGAAUAGUGAAUCACCCAACAUUUUGAGGGAGACUCGUCAUUUCUCAUAUAUGGAGAAACACGGUGAUAGCUUUGCCAGACUUGAGGCUAUACAUGAAGCUAAAUAUUUGCGCACUCUUCUACCUGUACCUCAAUAUGCAUCCUAUCUGGGGACAUUCUAUAGAGACAAAUUCCAAAAAGUACUACAUGAGGUAUUGCCAAAACUACAAUGUUUAAGAAUGUUGAAUUUAUCACUGUAUGAUAUUAUGAAAUUGCCUGAUUCGAUUGACAACUUGAAACAUCUAAGGCACUUGGACAUGUCUGAAACUCCCAUUAGAAAGUUACCUAAUAGUAUUUGUACUUUGUAUAAUUUGCAAGCAUUAUUGUUGCGGGGGUGUCGAAAUCUUGUGGAACUGCCAACCAAGUUGGGACGAUUGAUCAGCUUGAGGCAUCUGGAUAUUAAAUAUACAAAGAUAGAAAAGAUGCCACCACAUAUGGGUAAUUUCAAGGACCUGCAGAUACUAACCGAGUUUGUGCUGGACAAAUAUACCGAAGGCCAUAAUGCUUUAGAGCUAAAGAAGCUUCAAAAUUUGCGUGGAACACUUUGUAUUUCAGGGCUUGAGAAUGUUGUGGAUGGCAGCGCUUUGGUAGCCAACAUUGUGAGGGACAAGGAGUUUGUUACCGAAUUAAAUUUGAAUUGGAAAUAUACAAUUGAAAAAGGCGAUAUGGUAGAGGAAAGAGAAGUGCUUGAGCAGCUCCAACCUCACCUGAAACUGAAAAGGCUUACAAUUAAAGAUUAUGGAGGCAAAAUGUUUCCAGGUUGGUCAGAAUAUUAUUCUUCCGAAUCCUGUCAUCUUGUUUAUCUUGAACUUGUUGAUUGUGUGAAUUGUACCUCAUUGCCACCAUUGGGACAGCUACCUUACCUCAGAGAGCUUCAUAUUUCUGGGUUAGGUGAAGUGGUGUCCAUAGGUUCUGAAUUCUAUUAUGGUGACGGCAAUACUAGUACUAGUGUGAAAAAACCAUUUAGAUGUCUACGGUUUUUAAAAUUCGACAAUAUGUGGAGGUGGCAAGAAUGGUGUUAUGUUGUAACCAAAAGAGAAAAUAAAGAAUGUUGUGUUGGAGGUGACGAUAAUGAAGGUGGAGUUUUUCCUAAUCUUGUGGAGCUUGUUCUAUCAUGGUGUCCAGAUCUUAUCGGGAUAUUAGCGGUUGACAGUUUCCCGAUGCUGAAAGAGGUCGACUUGAAUGGGAUUAAUUUAUCACUAGACUCUAGACUCUUAUCCGUGAAUAAGUUGCGAUUAGAGAACUGUGACAAAUAUUUUAUCUAUGAAGAAGGAGGUGGACUUGAGUGUCCAACUUUUCUCGAUGGAGUGUUGCAUGCACCCAACUUGACCAGUCUAGAGAUAAAAGCAUGUCGGAAACUCAUUGCAUGGCCGAAACAAAUGCACUCCCUUGUCCCAUCUCUUGUGUCUUUGUCGGUAGUAGAUUGCGGAAGAUUGGAAUGUUUUCCGGAAGGGGGAUUCCCGUCAAAGUUAAAAUCACUUGUCAUCAUGGGCUGUACUGUGGAUAAAAAGAGUGGGCAAAAUCUGAACGAGGGUCUCCGGAGACUCACCUCUCUUGAAAAAUUGAGACUUGACUUUGCGAGGGCAGAAUAUUGGUUUGCUGCGGAGGGGCUGUUGCCCAGCACUCUCACUCAUCUCGAGAUCUGGAAUCUGAAGGGCGAGACCAUUGACGGCGUCAAGUGGUUUGGCCAUCUCAACUCUCUUCAACAAUUGGUUAUUUGCCACUGCUCUGCGCUCCGGUGCUUGCCAGAUAGUGGGCUACCCACUUCUCUUCAACGCUUGCAGAUUGUGCGUUGUCCUUGGCUUAAGGAGCGGUACCGAAGUAUGAGUGGCGAACAUUGGCGCAAGAUUGCUCACAUCCCCUUCAUAAUGAUCGAUGGGUUGAGAAAAGUCAGAAAACUGGAUUGACUACGACAUGCCAUUUCCUACGCAUCUUACAAAAUGAGCACAAAAAUUUUGAGGGUCUCAACUCUUGGACUUGAUGGAGAACCAUGUGUUAAGACAGAGAUAGGCCAAGAUUCUCUUCUUAUCUGAACUUGAAGAAUGUUCUUUAUCUCGUCC